GAGUUGGGCCUUUUACUCAUGACUGUUUUGUGAACUAACCUACCGGAGCUGGACAAUAACUGGUUUUGUAUACAACCUUCUCGUAAACCGCAAUUCUGAAAUGUCUAGCUACAAACUCCCAACGUCUAACCCUGACGAGCACUACCAGCGGACUCUGUCUCGAGUCAACAAAAUCCAGUCUCACCUAUCCGAAACCCCUCGUGGUCAGCGCUUGAAGGGCAAAGUCUGUAUCGUUACAGGUGUUGGUUCGUUGCAUGGAAUAGGACGUGCAUCUGCUUUGUUAUUUGCGCACGAAGGCGCGCAACAUCUUUAUCUGUUGGAUUUCUCAGCGGACAAUUUGCCAGAUUUGAAAUCUACAAUUCAGAAGGCAUACCCGGAUGUCAAGGUUACUACUAUACAAGCAGACGCCGCGGAUGAUGCUGCAAUAGCAGCGAUCUGCAAUCAAGCAAUACAGGACGAAGGGCGGCUAGAUGUAUUUUUCGCAAACGCCGGCUUUGCCAGUAAAAAAAUCUUGCAAGAUACCACUGCUGAGGAUUUCAUGGAAAGCAUGAGAAUAAAUAGCUUGUCUACCUUUUUGGCGGUGAAGUAUGGCUCGGAAGCCAUGAAGCAGGUCAAAACACUGGGAGGAAAGGACUAUAGUGGUGGCAGUAUCAUCUUAACGGCAUCAGUGGCCGGUUUGCGUUCUGGGGCAGGGACAAUUGAUUACAGCGCAAGUAAAGCAGCAGUAAACUCUAUUGCCAAAACGAGCGUUUAUCAGCUUCAAAAGAGCGACAUUCGCGUGAAUAGUAUAUGUCCGGGUUUGAUCGAAACGAAUAUGACAAAGGAUGCUUUUGAUUAUGCUCGGAAACGAGGUAACGCAAGCAAACUUGGUCAAUUGAACCCCAUGGGCAGAUUCGGAGUUGCCGAAGAAAUCGCGCAGAUGGCUUUGUUUUUGGCUUCUGACGAAUCCAGCUACGUCAAUGGCCAAAAUAUCGCAGUUGAUGGCGGCUUGUCAUCAUCUCACCCUGUAGUUCCUGGGCGCUGGGCAUAGACUGUAUAUCGGUAGAGGACACAUAUAUCGAUUUGCCCGCUGAUGUAGUAUUGUUUGACCAUGACAACGUGAUGAUGAAUUCUCCUGCAGACCUUUUAGAUGUUAAUAGGUUUCCUCAAUGAAUGGAGGAACAAAUGAGCGUUCAGUAGGCGUCUAUAUUGAUUCCGCGAUUUUGUGC